GUGACUUUUAAGGAUGUACUUGUGGACUUCACCAAGGAGGAGUGGAAGCUUCUGAACACUGCUCAACAGAUCAUGUACAAACAUGUCAUGCUCGAGAACUAUAAGAACCUGGUUUCCUUGGGGCAUCCGUUUCCCAAACCAGACGUCAUCCUCCGGUUGGAGAAAGGUGAAGAGCCAUGGCUGAUGGAGAUUCACCAAGAGAUCUUUACAGAUUCAGAGACUGCAGUGGAAAUUAAAUCAUCAAUAUCUAAUAAGAGCGUUUUUGAAGAUAAACAGUGCUAUGACAUUAAGAUGGCAGGAAUGGCAAGGGAUGAGCUUUGGUAUUUAUCAUUAGAAGAAGUCUGGAAAUGUGAAGACCAGUUGGAAAAGUAUCGGGAAAACCAGGAGAAACACAUGAGGCAAGUGGUGUUCACGCAGAAGAAAGUACUUACUCCAGAAAGAGUCUGCGACGGUGGCAACUAUGGAGAAAAUGGUCUUCUCCCUGCUCAGCUAGCGCUGAGAGAGUAUUUCCAUAAACAUGACUCACAUAUUAAAACUUUAAAGCAUAAUUUAGUUUUUAGUGGUCAUCAAGAAAACUAUGCAAGUUGCAAUAGUGAAUGUGAUCAAACGUUCUGUCAAAACCUUCACCUUAUUCAGUUUGCAAGAAGUCAGACGGGAGGUAAACUGUACAAAUGCCCUGACACUGAUGGCUCUCUUACCCAUGGUACUUCCCUUGGCAUAUCGAAGGGAAUACAUAGAGAGAAACCCUACGAAUGUAAAGAAUGUGGAAAGUUCUUCAGUUGGCGUUCUAAUCUUACCAGGCACCAACUUAUUCAUACUGGGGAGAAGCCCUAUGAGUGUAAAGAGUGUGGGAAAUCCUUCAGUCGGAGUUCUCACCUCAUAGGACACCAAAAGACUCAUACUGGUGAGGAGCCCUAUGAGUGUAAAGAGUGUGGAAAGUGCUUCAGCUGGUUCUCUCACCUUGUUACACAUCAGAGAACUCACACAGGAGACAAACUGUAUACAUGUAAUCAGUGUGGAAAAGCUUUUGUUCAUAGCUCCAGGCUUAUUAGGCAUCAGAGAACCCACACUGGAGAGAAACCCUAUGAGUGUCCUGAAUGUGGGAAAUCUUUUAGACAGAGCACACACCUCAUUCUGCACCAGAGAACGCACGUUAGGGUUAGACCUUACGAAUGUAAUGAGUGUGGUAAGUCUUACAGUCAGAGGUCUCAUCUCGUUGUGCAUCAUAGAACUCACACUGGACUGAAGCCCUUUGAGUGCAAAGAUUGUGGGAAAUGCUUUAGUCGAAGCUCUCACCUUUUUUCACAUCAGAGAACCCAUACUGGAGAAAAACCCUAUGAAUGUCAUGAUUGUGGUAAAUCCUUCAGUCAGAGCUCUGCACUCAUUGUCCACCAGAGAAUCCAUACUGGAGAGAAACCAUAUGAAUGCUGUCAGUGUGGGAAAGCCUUCAUCCGCAAGAAUGAUCUUAUUAAGCACCAACGAGUUCAUGUUGGAGAAGACACCUUUAAAUGCAGUCAGUGUGGAAUUAUCUUCAGCCAGAACUCUCCUUUUAUAGUUCAUCAAAUAGCUCACACUGGAGAGAAGUUCUCAACAUGCAGUCAAUGUGGGACGGCUCUUGUUAAUAGCUCUACCCUUGGUAGGUACCAGACAAGUCACACUGGAGAAAGCAAUUACUGAUAGAGUGUGGGAUGUUCUUCACAAA